AUGCUGCGCGCGAGCGAGAGCGGCGCCGCCGUCACCGCCAUCGCCUUCAGUCCGGACGGGUCGAGGCUGGCGGCGGCGACGGCCGACGGCAUGCUUGUGCUCUGGUCCGUCGGCGGCGACUGCAGCGGUCGGCCGGCGGCAGAGGGUGAGGGCAGUAGCGGCGAGGGCGAGCCGCAGCUGCUGGCUCGCCUCGCCUCGUACUUCGGCGGCUUGCUCUGCGUCGCUUGGGCGAGGGACGGCGCUAAUGAGUCGGUAAUUGAUGGCGACUGCCUGCAGGACGACCUCGUGUCCGUCGUCUCUUUCGAGCGGAGAGCGGUGGUCGCGCGUGCGCAGGGACACAGCUCCUGGGUCCACCACGUCGCCUUUGAGCCCGCGCCGCUGCAGGAGGGGAAGGACCGCCCGCCCGCCUCGCACGCCUUCGCCUCGGUCGGCGCCGACGGCCGAAUCUGCUUUUGGGAGUUCCGCGCCGACGGCAAGGGGGAGGACGGGGGCGGGCCCCCGCCGAACGGCGCCGACGUGCCGCUCCUCGCUCCUCUCGCCUCGGUGCCGCUGCACGAGCGGCCCGUCGCCGCGCUGCUGUACGGCCGAGGCGAGAUGCACACGGCGUGCGCCGGCGGCUUCGUCAAGACGUUUGCGCGGGUCUCAUGA